AUGGCUGCAGCUUACAUGAGGGAUCCUGACAGAGACCUGCAGAAGAACCCCCCAGAUGUCAAGCCAAGCCCUGAUGGUGCCAGCUCAUUGUCCCUGCUCUCCCGGCCUGACUCCUCUGCUCCUUUGGUCCUAGGGGAGCCCUCCCAACCUCCCAAUGGCAGCUGGCCCCAAAGUCAGAAUGGGAGUGAAGCUGAGGUCACCCCGGCUGCCAACCUCACCUUCUCCUCCUACUACCAGCACUCUUCACCGGUGGCCGCCAUGUUCAUCGUGGCCUACGUGCUCAUCUUCCUCCUCUGCAUGGUGGGCAACGCCCUGGUCUGCUUCAUUGUGCUCAAGAACAGGCACAUGCGCACCGUCACCAACAUGUUCAUCCUCAACCUGGCCGUCAGCGACCUGCUGGUGGGCAUCUUCUGCAUGCCCACCACCCUUGUGGACAACCUCAUCACGGGUGAGUGUGGACAAGGGGCCACGCGAGUGUCCCCUGCCCCCCCACCCCACAACUUCAGUGCCAGGGCCCCCCCCCCUCCCAGAUCCCUGCCUCUCUCCCCCCACUCCCGCCACAGGUUCCGCUGCAUCGUGCAUCCUUUCCGCGAGAAGCUGACCCUGCGGAAGGCGCUGGUGACCAUCGUGGUCAUCUGGGCUCUGGCGUUGCUCAUCAUGUGUCCCUCGGCCGUCACGCUGACCGUCACGCGCGAGGAGCACCACUUCAUGGUGGACGCCCGCAACCGCUCCUACCCGCUCUACUCGUGCUGGGAGGCCUGGCCCGAGAAGGGCAUGCGCAAGGUCUACACCGCGGUGCUCUUCGCGCACAUCUACCUGGCGCCGCUGGCGCUCAUCGUGGUCAUGUACGCGCGCAUCGCCCGCAAGCUCUGCAAGGCGUCGGGCCCGGCCCGCGACAACGCGGAGGUGGCGGCCGAGAGCGGGCGCGCGUCGCGGCGCAAGGCCCGGGUGGUGCACAUGCUGGUCAUGGUGGCGCUGUUCUUCACGCUGUCCUGGCUGCCGCUCUGGGCGCUGCUGCUGCUCAUCGACUACGGGCAGCUGAGCGAGCCGCAGCUGCACCUGCUGUCGGUCUACGCCUUCCCCUUCGCGCACUGGCUGGCCUUCUUCCACAGCAGCGCCAACCCCAUCAUCUACGGCUACUUCAACGAGAACUUCCGCCGCGGCUUCCAGGCCGCCUUCCGCGCCCGGCUCUGCCCUCUGCAGUGGGGCCGCCACCACGGCACCUAUUCGGAGCGGCCCGGCUGGCUCCUGCGCAGGAGGGUCUUGAUGGAGGUGCAGCCCAGCGACUCGGGCCUGCCGUCGGAGUCGGGCGCCAGCAGUGGGGCCCCCAGGCCUGGCCGCCCACCGCUGCGGAACGGGCGGGUCGCCCACCAGGGCUUACCCGAGGAGGGGCCUGGCUGCUCCCACCUGCCCCUCACCGUACCAGCAUGGAACAUCUGAGGUGGUCCAGAAAGGGCAGGCCCCUCCCUGCCUGUGGCCCCAACUGCACCUGCGAUACCUGGACACUUACUUGGCAGCUUGGGGCGGAGUUUGAAGAGGAUGCCAAAAUGCCUUCUCAAAAACAAGGCAACAGGCUGCUCGCUGCUCUUGAUGUCCUCUCCCUUCAGAUGGCAGGGAGAGGAAGAAACCUCCUCUCCCCAAACGCUCCCUAUGGGGUAGAUUUGACAACCAUCAUCUCAUUGAAUUCCCACAACGCUUUGGAAAUGGGCUUUCUUAAGCACCUUGUCUUCAACAGAUGCAGAAACAGAGGCCCAGAGAGUAGAGGUGUCUAGCCCAAGAUCGCUCAGCUGGAAAUCUCACUUGGACCUGCCAGGCUCCAGUGCCUGAAUGGUUUUUUUGCCUUCAGCUGUCUCCAAAAGGACCCCAUAAGGGAAGCACAGGGAAACUGAAAAUCCUAACCAACUAGGCAGCUGGGAAGAGACAGGAAGCAAGCCAGCAGAGCUUUGAUGCUCAGAACCCUGUCGUUCAGUCUGUAUGUUCUGUUGCUCAGGCUGCUUCUUUGGACCUUUUGCUGGGAGACCAUGGUGUGCCUCACCUGCCAGCUCCAAUGCGUUGUUUUGUCUUGUUCCAGGAAGUGUCCAGGGCCAUUCUCUUUCAGGAUGUCGCCCUGGGGAGCCUGCUUGUUACAGGGCAUUUUAGACCUGAGCCUAGAGAAGGGAGGAAGAGUCCAUCUCCCACCCCCAUCUCCCAGAGCCCGGCAGUCCCAGUGCAGGGGCUGGGAAGCCAGGUGGAGGUGUGUUUAUUUACUACUGGACAAAGGGGAAGGGAGAGCACUGUUCCUGCUGUCCACCUUUGGAAACCCAUGUGGAGGCUGCAAGUGUGAAGCACGGAGGCCUUUCCUCACUCAUCCUGGGAUAUAGACGCUGGCCAGCUGACUGCAGCUGAGCUCUCCUGGGGGACUCCUGAACCCCUCCCCACAUGGAUGACUCAUGUACCUCAAACAGUGGGAACCAAGAGAUCCUCUGUUCUCUUCAGCUCUCAAUCAGUGGCUUGUGCCACCUGAAGAGUGCAGCUUCUCUUUAGCAGGUGGGAGGAACUGGGUUGCCUCAGGCGCACCUGCAAAAAAUCUGCAGUUGACCGGACAUUUCCCCCCCUCAAUCCAUUGCUGCUUUUGCUAGAAACUGAGUGAAAGGAAAGGAAACAUUUCCCAAGGUCAGGGCUCUGAGGCUCUGAUUAUUUCCUUAAUCAACACACAAUGACUUAACCCUGUUUAUUCCAUUCUAAGCACUGGGAACAGGGACAGAAGAAAAUGCCAAGUAGUUGUCUAAACAGGUCCCCAAACACUGACUGUGUUAUUUCAUUCACACAAACAAGGUUGGCGAUACUGGUAUGGACAUUUUAAAAGUGAGCUCUUAAGGGCCAAGGAGCGGGGUUUGUGUGAGGACACAUCUUCUGACUGUUCUUCCUAUACAGCCUCCUGCCUUUCAGGGAAGGUCAUGGGCAUGGCAGGAAGGAGAGCUGGAAAUUCCCCCAAAGACUUUCUGUCUAAUAGUGAAACAGAAAGCCCACGGAGUAGAAUCCUGGUGCCCAAGAUCUUGGGCUGGGGAAAUGAAUCUAUUGUGUUUGCUCUUGUAAUUUCCGGCCUGACUUGUUCUGUGUAUAAGAUCUAUGAGCCAUGUGUUGAGCAAGCUGCUGAGAUUCCUUAUGACCCUGUCCCGUUCCAAAAGUCUAGGAAUGAUGGAAGGGGGUCUUGCCCCUCAGUGGCCUUAGCUGGUGCCUUGCAUGAUCUUCACUUUUUGUGCCAUAUCUGUGCCCUGAAACGCAUACACCUGGGAGUUGGUGGCUGUUUAUGUGAAGAAUUCUGACGCCAGGCUCUAAAAAUAGACUAAACAAAGGGCCAUCUCAAACCCCAACUGGCUGUGCCUGUGGCUGUCUGGAGCAGACACUGCUCCAGGGUGUGCCUCCUUUAGUAUGGCCUCCUCCAGUGCAAAAACAUAGCCAUUAUGUGUAUUUCUCUCUCAGAAGUGUGUAUGAGAGAGACAGGGAGAGAGGAAGAGAUGGAAGGAGAGAGGGAGAGAGAGAGGGAGGGAGGGAGGGAGGAAGAGGGAGACAGAAACCAAGGCACUCACAAAAACCAACCUUCCCACCAUGGCCCCUUCGCUUUAUUUCUCCUAAAGAUGCCAUGUUUUGAGAGGUGGUGACUGCCGGCAGAAGAAAACAAAAUUCCUGCACACAGCGUUCACAAUCCAUAUAUUUUGUUGUAUUUUUUAUUUAAAACUAUCAGAGGCUGCCCAUCCAGAGACUGGAUCUGAUGACACAACCUGACGCUUUGGUGAAGCCCUGGGGCCUUGUGAGGGACGGGGAACUGGUUUGUUUCUUUGUGAAUGUGGUGAAAUACACACAACAUGAAUCUU